CCACAGGAAGCACCUAUGAGAUGGCCUACCACGACGAGGGCCAACCUUGCAGGAAACGAAUCAAACUGAAAGACGACAAGCUGUGUGGUGUUUGCGGGGACAAGGCUCUGGGCUACAACUUCAAUGCCAUCACCUGCGAGUCUUGUAAAGCAUUUUUCAGGAGAAAUGCUCUCAAAGAAAAGAAAGUGAAGUGCCUUUUUCAAGGAAACUGCGCCAUUGAUGUGCGGACAAGAAGGUUCUGUCCGUACUGCCGAUUAAAAAAGUGCUUUGAGAUAGGAAUGAAGAGUGACAUGAUAUUAGAUGACAAAGAACGGAAGGCUCGGAUGGAAAAAGUGGCAGAAAACAGAAUAAAGCGGCAGGUUACGCCACAACACACAGUUGUGAAGGAUGAGCCGAUUGAUCCAGACUUUGAAGUCAGCGCUGUUGGGUCUUCAAACAUCUACUCCCCACCCACUCCUUCCACUGAAGUCCCUUCAAGUUCAGACAUUCCUCCUUGCUCCAAGAGUGCAUACAUUACCUUUGAAAAAAUAAAUGUUCCAGUAGACAGUUGCGAUCUUCCUUCCGAUGAAAGCAUGUAUAGGCAGCUGAGUGAGAAUGAACAGACCCUAGUGACUGAGGUGGGAAUUGCGUACCAGACCACAGUGGGGAGUAUGCACAAUAGCAGUGCAGCGCUGCAAGAAGAUAAUUAUCACAGUGUCAAUGACCUCAUCAACCAUUCAGAAGUUGCAGUUCGACGUCUUAUCAAGUUUGUGAAACGCUUGGAAGAUUUUCGGCGCCUCAGCCAGGAGGACCAAAUAUCCUCAUUAAAGGGUGCAGUGCUUAGUACACUCCUUCUUCGAUCGGCUUCAUUUUACAUUGUGGAAAGAGAUUCUUGGCUGACCACAAAAGGGGAAGUGUCAACAGUGAUACUGAAGAAAGCAACAGGCUUUGUCGAAUUACAUGACUCCCACAUAAAAUACUGUCGUGCUCUAAAAACAAUUAUGAAGAAUGACUAUUCCUUGUUUGGACUUGCUCUAAUUAUCGUUAUCUUCAAUCCUGAUGGACCAAACGUGAAAGAUCAUCAGCUUCUUUCUGAUAUUCAGGACAAGUAUCUGGUGCUCCUGAAGCACUAUCUCGAGUCUGUGUUUUCCUUCAUGUACGCUAAGGAGUACUUUGUGGCUAUUAGCCAGAAACUUAACGAGCUCAAAGGAAUAAGUGAUGGCCAUGCGAAGGUCCUCUUGCAGGUGAAUCCUCUAGAAAUUGAACCGCUUAUGUUAGAGGUGCUUAACCUUAAAUGAGCAAAAGGAUGUGAAGAGUAACCAUGCCAGGAUUUUGCUUCAAAUGUAUAGAUGGAGGUCUGUUUAUAUAAACCUUCAAGGAAUAAACAUAUGGGGUCAUCAAUUUUUGUAUGAAAAACUAGAAUCUGACUCAGUGAAGGUUCUUUCUCAGGUGUAAACCUAAUAUGAUGUGUGUCACAGAAUGUCCAAUUUACACAGACUCUGCUGGAAGUAAUUGUAGACAGGAAACAGUGUUUAACCAGAUAUGGAUGAACUGUGUGGGUCAUAUCAGUUGUGACUGACAGCUGUUAAUGGAUGCGACUUGUUAAGAUGGGUGAGCAGCAGCUGGAGCACUGGCUGUGAAAAUGUCAUCUUGAUCUUGUGACAUGUGAAAACUAGCCAGUGAAAGGUGUUGCUAUUUGUCACAGACUAGUUCGGAAUAACUGGGAGAUUCUCUGAUGUUCUCCGGAAUUCUCUGAUGUUCACCCUGAUUGUUUGCAGGAGAAAUAUUCAAGAUAACAGUGCAGGUUUCUUUGGGAAAAAUAUUGUUGAAACUUCAUGGCAUUUCAAGAUUUGGAUACUUUCAUGAAGACCUUGGUCAUAUAUAUCAGUUGUUUGUUAUCAAAGUCUGAACAUCUGAUUAUUGCAUCUGACAUUGUUGGACUGUUUUAUAAGAAGAAUAUUUUUGCAUUGAGGUCAGAUGCUUGAGGUCAGAUGUUUGAGGUCAGAUGUUCAAGGCCAUUGAAGCAAAUGAAGUAUGAGUGGCAGGCCUUGUGGAUCUGUGAUGACAAGAGGUGCCUUAAUCCUCACCAGGGGUAGUUUUUAUGUUAUCAUUGUCUUGUUUUGUUGUUUUUGUGUGAAUAUUGACUCAUUAGACAUGUGGUAAUUCUCCGUCAAAAGAAUCAUAGUCAAAGCUUACUUGGGGUGGAAUUCUUUACCAAACAUUCAAUUCCCCACCCAUUGUUAUUGAUUGUACCCUGAUUGUACUGAAAACUGAAAAUACUGAAUGUUUGCUAUGAACCGUCUCACAAAAAAUGCUGGAAAAAAAUCUUUUUUCUGAUCUAUUCAGAGGACAUGGCAGAUGUUCUGAAAAACAAUAUGUUGUGGGAAGAAAAUAUUUUUUCUAAAAAAAAAACAGACCUGAAAACGAAGUCUUUGUUUUGAGCAUUGUGUGGCAACACACCCCAUUGUAGUGAAAUCAGACUAAGUUAUGUUAAAUUUGUAUUCAUUACUGAUUAGUUUGAGUUUGCUCAGUUGUCAAAAUUUCACGAAAGUGAGACCUAAUUCUCUUCAAAGACCUCACUGUGUGAAAGCAUGCAUGAACCCAUCAGACAGCACUGGAGUUGAACCUGAAACAGUACCUUCACAAUAUCUUCACAAUAUGUAAUAUCACAGAGUAAUUACAUCAUGCAGAACUGAUUGGGUGUCCUUUUGUGACUCUAAUUUUAUUAGGGGAACCUUGAUCAUAUACAUAGUAAUGAGCACAUUUUUGUUAUCAAAUAGGAUUAUCUUGAAUCCUUAUCUUACGAUUAUUUUUUGCCUGUCUGUGAAAGUUUGUGUCAUUAUCUGAGACCUCAUUGUUGUAUUGUGUGAAGCCCAUUGCUGGUGUUGCCCGUAGUAAUAUUGCUGGAAUAUUGCUAAAAGUGGCGUAAAACUAAACUCACUCACUUCUUGUUGUAGUAGGAAUGCUCUUUGUGUUUGAGUGUCCUUCAUUUAUUUCUUGUUGUAUGAGCCUCUGUGUAAGGUACGGAUCAGCACAUGCAAUAGGUGGAAGGAAAAAUGAAAUAAUUGUUAGGCUUACCAGAAAAUACAAAACAUGAAAGUUCUGGGAACUUGUUGACAUGUGAACAUUGAAAGUUGCCUCUGGUGUGUUCUGAAACAAGUACAUACAUGUUGUAUGUUUCCCCAAUUCUUUCAUGUUAGAAUCGGCAAACCAUUCAUAGAAAAGGCAGUACUCUAUUUUCAACAUAUCAACAGUAGAUUUAGAUAUCUUAUAAGAAACAGAGCUAGCAGUGAUAGGUGUGUUCACUAGACGGAGACUUUAAACAUCAUAGACAGACUUGUUUUUGUCCAGUAAUUGUACAUAAUGACGUAUUGGAUAUGAGCUGAGGACUAGUAAGCUAUGACUGGGUUCACCAUUCAGGCUAGUGUUUUUCCACUUUUUGCUCUCCCUUUCAAUCAUUUCACUUCUCACAGUUCAGUUGAAUAGUUUUCACUGUUGUCUUCAUUUUCUGUUGAAGGUGCUGUGUUAUCCUGAAUCUGUGUGUGAUUGUGUGGGGAGUAUGAUAAUCCAGAUUCUACAGGAUGCAUAUGUAGUGUCUUUAUAUGACAAGUUGACAUGGUUGUUAAAAAUGUAUAUCAUACCCAGUGUUUGAUGUGUGCUAAAGUACUCAGCUGAUUAUGUUUCUUCGUUUUUGUUUGGACAUGUCAUGAAAUAAUAACGUGUAACAAAACUCACAAUACACAGCGGCACUGACCACGGAUUUAUACAUGGACAGAUCUUCUCCAAGUUCUGCAAUGUAUGUAUCUAGUUGACUACAUAUAAAUCAACAGUUACAUAUUUCUGUACGUCUUAAUAACAUAAUGUUGACAGAUACACUUGUGAUAAAUUCAUGAUAAGUACCUUAUGCACUCAAAUAAGGUCAAGGGCCAUGUUCCAUGCAAAUAUCUACUGAUAAGGCAUUCUUAGUAUUAAGAAUGGGAGCACGAAAAUUUUGAAAGAAUCUUUGUGUUUAGGUGGUUCUAUGUUAAAGAAUGGGAGUUAUGGCUAUCUAAGGGCUGUGCCUGUCAUAAGUCUGGUUAGAGAAUGGGCCUUCCAUCUAGUAAUCUGUCAGUACUACACCUAUUUACUUGCCCUGUAGCACUAUGUGGUCACUAAAGAUGUCAACAGCCUGCCUCAACAAGGGUUUAUUUUCCACAGUAAGCUUAGGUAACUGAUCUAAUUUUCAACCCACACAUGCAGCAGAAUGUUUUCUCUUGCUGCAGUAGGUCAGGCUUUUUGGGAAUGUACUUAAUUUGUCCUUAGGAGAGUUUAUGAUCGCAUUUUAUGAUUAUUAUUUUAUUUUGUUUUGAAGAGCUGCUAAAAAAUAUGCCUUGAUUUGGGGGACAUUUCCCUCAAUAUGAUGUGUCCUUUUCUCAACCCUAGAAACUUUGACAUAGGACUUGAUUUAAAUGGGUAUAUAUGCUGGAUAUUUCAAUAUAAUAAGCGUUGAUUGGCACGGUUAGCACGGGUGUCCUGUCAUGUUUGUGUACAGGUUGUCCCUGGAGACCACUGAUCAUGGGCUGGGACCUUGGUGCUCUCUGAUUGUGUUUCAAUGUGAGUGAGCACCAGUACUUGUCUCUUCCACUGAAGUAGCAGCCAUGCCGAAAUAUUCUUCAUUGCAGUGAUAAACCCAACUCACUCACUCACUCACUGUAAUGGAUGCUUAUAUGUUGGUGAAAUAGUGUAACAUAGGGUGUGUAAUUCUAUUUGGGCCUUAAGACAGCACACACCAUUAAUGCUUUGUGUGUCCUGUGAGAGAUGUGUGUAUAUACUUAUUCUUUCUUCAGACUUUCUAGUGUGCACUUUUUGUGGGCUUACUAUAUAGUCUGUUUGCAGUGAAAAUGUACCGAUGAAUUUCACUUUAAACAAGAACAUAAAUCAAA